AUGGACUCUGAAUACAUCCGGCUGGCAGACACCAUCCGCCAACAAGCCAACCAACACACCAAACCACGCUACCUCGUCGCCAUCGCCGGCAUACCAGGCUCCGGCAAAACCACCACAGCCCAAGCAGUAGUCCAACAACUAAACAAAGACCCAACCAUUCACGCAGCCCUCCUCUCAAUGGACGGCUUCCAUUUGCCAAGGUCUGCACUAGACCAACUCCCCAACGCCAAAGAAGCACACAUCCGCCGCGGCGCACCCUGGACCUUCGACGUCCCCCGCUUCGUAACAUUUAUGCACAAUCUCCGGCACUGGUCCGACAAAACACCAUUAGCAAACCCUUCAUCAGGACCAUGGCCCCCGACAGAAACAAUCCAAGCACCCGCCUUCGACCACGAAGCCAAAGACCCCGUCGAAAACGGGAUAUCCAUCACGCCAGACUCUAACAUCAUCAUCGUCGAGGGCAACUAUCUCCUCCUCGAUGAGCCGGGGUGGCGCGAUCUUGCGCAUUUGGUAGAUUAUCGAGUCUUCGUUGAUACGGAUCUACAAGAAGCGCGGGAGCGGACGGCGAAGAGACAUGUUCUUGCUGGGAUUGAGAAGACGUUGGAGGAUGGGUAUCGGAGGGUUGAUAGUAAUGAUUAUUUGAAUGGGGUUUCUAUUCGGGAGAAGUUGAUAGGGCCCGAUUUGGUGGUUAAGAGUGUUGGUGUUAAUGUUCAUGGGGUGGGUUCUGCUGGUGGGCGAGUUAUGGUAUAA